AUGCACAAUGGGAGCCUGUUGGCAGAAGCUGCCGAGCUCUCUCCUGAGAUACAGAAUGAACAGGACAUGCUAGUGGUGACACUAGAAGUCAAGCUAAGUGUCAGGGAAGCUGAUGAGAACUACGGAUACGAGAUAGAUCUGGUAAGUGGCUUCCCAAGCUUGAAGAGCGCAGAACUUGCAGCUCCAGGGAUUAGCCCCGUUAAUACCUGCAGCACGAAUAACCGCAGCACAGAUGCCUACAGCACAAUAAGUACCAGCAGCGCAGAUGGAACAUCUAGUGACAGAUUGUCUGAAGACUGCCUCUCAGACAAAGAGGAAGACAUGUCUAUAGUCAAUGAAGACAAUCUUUAUCUAACGGGACAAGAGAACCCAGAACGUUCCUUCACCCCCAUAUCCCUCCAGAACCCCCCUGACCCAUAUGCACAAUUCAGUGAGAAAUCUUUCUCAUUGUCAGAUAUCUUAGCGAUGCUGGACGACACUCUCAAUAAGAUCCUUUGCUUCAGAGACCUAGUGGUGAAGCACGAAUCCAAAUUGUAUGCUCCAGACUUAUGGACAGAUACCCAAUCUGACGCUGAAACUGCUCGAAUAUACUCAGCUACUGGCACUCAGAUGGCUCGAGCAUCCACAUCUACUGAAAAAGGCAAAGGACGCGAGGUACUUUCGCCCACACCACCAACACCAUGCCAAUCGAAGGUCAUUGAUAAAGACAGUGAGAACGACAAUUCAGAUGAGUUAACAACUCAAGCUUGCAAGUUAUUUGACAGACACAUGGACUCCAAGACGGUCCUUAAUGGAUUGGCAUCGAACAGACUAACAAGGCACAAGGCAUCGAAACGCGAGUCAAUGACGCCCAAGAGAGACAAACCUGUUAAGGAAAAGCAUUGUAACGCCAGCAUCCCCUUCACUUUCAAGCACUAUCGGCCAUAUGAAUGA